AUGGAUGACAUAGAAAAUAUAACCUGCAAAGAGGAAUUAGAAGCUAGUGAUGUUGAAAAUUCAGCCACAGAUGACCACAAAGAAAUUGAAGAGAAACCCCACUUGAAAAGAAAAAGACGACGCCGUGAAAUUGACAUGAUUAAAUUGUCAGAUGAUGAUGAUUCGGAUGAUGAGGGCCUGGCCAAGAAGCUCAUUCGACGGCUCAGUCCGGGCCCCGGGCCCAUCUCUCCUGCUUCUCACAGGGAACCUCGCACUUGUGUGCUUAAGGCUAGUCAGAAGCGGCGUCCAUUAUCCCGCCUUCUGGAACAGCUACUCCGCAACCUAGAGAAGAGGGAUCCCAACCAGUUUUUCGCAUGGCCGGUGAAUGACAACUUUGCGCCGGGGUACUCAGACAUCAUUAGAAGACCAAUGGACUUUUCCACUAUGAAGCAGAAGAUUGAUGAUAAUGAGUACAAGUCUCUCAAUUGUUUCAUUAGUGACUUCAAACUAAUGUGCAACAAUGCAAUGAAGUACAACAAGCCCGGCACAGUGUACCACAAGGCAGCCCGCAGACUGUUACACGCAGGACUCAAACAACUCACUCCACAGAAACUCAGGCCACUCGGGAACAUGCUCACCUACAUGUAUGAGAUACCUAUCAAGGAGCUCGGCUUCGACAUCGGCAAGAUGGAUGUGCACAAGGUGCUGAAGCGCAGCAGUCCGCUGAAGGCGGGCGCCGAGCACGACGCGGACGGCGGCGCCGAGCGCGCCGGCGACUGCGUCAAGAUGCAGAUGGAGGCCGCGCGGGAACAACAUCGCCGCCGACUCGCCAAGAAAGCGUUCCCCCGCAUGGACGCGGAAGGCAAGACGACGCUGUGUCUGGUCACCAACACGGUGGAGGGCUCCGGGGACGACAAGCCGCUCACUCUCGGCAGAUAUAUCGGCAAACUCACACAGGGGACUGGCACUUUGCAUACGCCUCGCGAAGACCGCCGCAACGUGGCUAAAGGUGUAAAGCCUCUAAACUACGGCCCCUUCAGCUCGUAUGCUCCUUCGUACGACGGCACCUUCGCCACGCUCACCAAGGAGGAGUCACAUAUGCUAUAUCACACACUACCGUACGAGACAGGUCAGAGCACUGAGGAGCCGCUACGUUUCGCCCCGGACUCCCCGUGGGCUCUCAUAUACGACAUGGAGACACUCUUCCCGGAUAAGAAGCAGCAGGAACAAACACCACCACCUGAAAAUGAUCUAUCGAAGGUGAAAGUGGACGUGGACCAGUUGCGCACCCUGUCGGAGCUGGGCAUCGACGUGGAGUACCUGCACGACAUCGAGGACGACGUGCUCGCCUCGCAGCACGACUACGGCAUCGGGGGCGCCCUGCGGCACACCACCGACCUACUCGCCAAACUGGAGAAGGAGCAGAGGGACAGACUGUCGGCGGCGUCCCCGUGGCACCUGUCGCUGGCGGCGCGGCCGGGCGCGGCGGAGCGCGAGCUGGCGCGGCUGGUGGCGGCGUGCCUGCGCGCCAUGCUGGCCCGCGUGCCGCCCCGGCACGUCGCGCACGUGCCCGCGCUGCGCGCCGCCAUGGGCGUCACGCUCGACCAUCUCGACACUCCCAUGGCCGUGGAUGAUUUUGAAUUAGAAAUGAAUGAACAUCGAGACGUAGCGUCAGAUCCGGACUCGCGGUCGAGUCAUGACAAAUAA